AAAUUGGGGUCGUAAGAUUUCUGAUAACACCGUUGGGUUUAUCACUGGACUGUGUCUAUUACGGACAAGGUAUCAACGAUGUCUUUCGUGAAUAUUUACGUUACCAACCGACGCUUGGAAUGAAAUUCAAGUGUACUUAGAGCGAGAAAAGGCUAUAAUUUGGUUUGGUGUGUGUCGUGGUUUUAUUCGGAUUCAUCCAAUCUUUUUUUUUUUGCGCCUAAAAGUUCCCCUUCCUCACGUUGCAGAGAAAUCGAUAAGCAUUCACAGUGCCUGAAGUACACACGUAUUGUGUUUUCUUUUUCCACAUGGUUUAAAACUCAAGUACUCGGCAUGAGUCCUUAGAUGUGAAAAUUGCAAUGCAGCGAUCAUCGUUCUGGGUGCCGAGUUCUUUAUGGUACUCUAUAGUCUAUAACAGCUCAUAAUCCUGCCACUCGAAUGAGCGGCGACAUCUGUCGUCAUGUUUACCUCUUAACUGUGCAUACAUCAAGGGAAAGUUUAUUACCCUGAUUGGCAAAGGACUGAUGUUUUUUAGGAUGCACCAUUACGAAAUCAAUGUGGCCCUUUGGAUUUUUUUCACGUGCGAAAUGUUGGGAUUUCAAUGUUUUGUUAUCAUAGAUUGUCAUUCUAAGACUGUGAAGUGCACUGGCUACAGAGGAAUGUCAGAUUGUUCGUUGGCCAUCUUGGAGAGAGAGUUUCCUCUAAUGUUUGGAGAUAACGGAAACUUACUUUGGCCGAGCAGGCCCACCAAUUUCCGAAAUAGUUCCACGAACCUGGCGGAGAGAAGUCUUGUUCUAAGCUGGGAACCGCCACUAGACAGCAGCAUCCGUGAUGUGCGAGGUUUCUUUGUCACAAUACACGGCGUGGAUGGACUGGCAAGUGGGCUACAUCAGUGUAUUGUAAUACAGCUAAACCAAUCCCUGAGUACAACUCACUACAAGACUGAGUUUUCAGUAACGUAUCAUCCAUUGUUCGAGUCCUCCAUUUAUGACUUCCGGAUAAGCUCUCUUCCAAAGAUCGACUUGAAUUUCAGUUCUGCCGAAGGUACCAUGGGAAACCUUAUUCGGAUAAAAAUAGGGAAAACUACAGACGAAAACUCGCCUGCUGAUUGGACGACUCCAGUGGUCUGCCAGUCAGAUGGUACAUCUAUCACAGCGGUGUUUCGCUGGCCACCGAGACGAUUCAUGAUGUCACUCAUGGACGUCACAAUUUUACAAUUAUUUGAAAACCGCUCUCAUUUUCGGAACAAUUCAACCAGGAUUGUUUUAUCAGAGGACCAGUAUGGCCAAUUACACAAACUUCAGUGGAACUAUAGCAAUCUCCUUGAACCAGUAGACCAAAGGAUCAUGAUAAUGAUCAGUCCAGUUGAUAUGGUCAAGGGCCUAGGACAAUGUGUGUGUUAUAACGCCGACUUUCUUUGCGUGGGUGUAUGUAAACAGUCUUCGUGCGAGUUGGUCAUCGAGCACCCAACACAAGAAUCUGCUGGACAGUCUGGAAGUUCGUAUAGUAAAGAUUUCAAAGAGGGAGAUCCCGAUCCCGAUUCAAAAACCCUUCUCCCUGAUCACAUCGUUGCCAUAUGUAUCUCCUUCGCUCUGCUGGCCAUUUCUGUGACGUCAGGAAUUACACUGUUCUUUUUUCGUAAACACGUCAAAUUUAGAAGCCACCAACAAAACCUUGCAGAGUCGGACAUGCAUCCGAACAACCAAAAAGCCUCGGAAACUCUGACUUCUCCGGAAGAAGUACUUAAUUUGGGCCAUUCUCGACAUCAUCCGAAUGUCUCUCGCUCACCAGAUUGCAGUGAUCCCUUUAUCAAACCUUCUCCAGAAUUAGAUGAAGCAAGUCUAACGCUCAGCGAACAAAUGCUUCAAAUCAACGAGAACUAUCUAAAUACUGUUCGUCGAACCGGAAGUCAGAUGUCUUUGUUCGCGGAAAAAAUUAGUCUUGGUGGAAAAAGCGUUUGAUCCAAGUUGCAGAUGGUUCUACGUUUGAUGUCAAUGACGAACACCCGGUAAAAUUAGGUUACUUGCAGAACACCCAUGUUCUUUAACCUGACCUCGGUCGAUUGGCGCAGCUGUUGGGAAAAAUAAUCAGGGCAUCUCAAGCUCCUGAGGGUAGUAUCGAGUCCUCUCCAUGCAGUGUCCGUGUGCUGACUGGAAAGUUCACAGAUAGAGAUGCGACAGUGACAGAGCUAGAUAUAUCAGAAAGCAGCGUGAAAGUUUUAUAAUUAAUAUGUAUUACUGCUGCUUUUCUUCAUACACGAGUCGACUGUUCGGAAAAAUGUGUUUAAAUAAUAAGACUUAGUUAUAUUAGAUAAGCGUUUGUUUUUCAUUACGUGCACAUAUGAUAGAGAUUUAAAAAUGUAAUAAAUAGAUCUCAUAUGUUACUGAUGCGGCUUUUUUUAAGCACGUGGACAAGAUGUGCAUAUUAUGAAAUUCAAACUUUGGUGCUUAAAAGAAGUGCUUAAUUGAAUUUAAGGUAUCCAACUAAUAUCAGGGCCAAAUUUUUCCAACCUUGAAUAUUCAUCAUGUAUUUAAUACUUUGAUAUUCAUUUAAAGCAUUUAAGAGUAGAAAAAGAUUUACCGAGAGAAAUUUUCAAAAAUAUUAUUAACUAAGCAGUAAUUAAUUAAUGAAGAUUGCAUUAAGGUCUAUGGAGCCAAGCACAUUUUUUAAGAUAAAAAAAGUAAUUACUUGGAGUAUUAAAAAAUGCUUUGGUGGAAAUAUGUAUUUUAUCAAUAGAAAUACAAAAACUAUUAAAAAUAAAUUUUAUACCGUGUAGAUUUUUUUAGAUUUAAUUUUUAUAGAAUAAAAGCAAAGGGGGACAACUCUUCAAAAAAAGGAAAAGGUCAUUAAUUAGGACACAGUCCACACUUACAUAUUGAUACUUAAAUAGGAACAUUAUGUUAAAGUAUACUGAGUGCUAAGCCCAUACAUAUCUGUUAUGCACCCAGAUUCAUUGAAUCUGGGGCUAUUAUGGAUCGGAUACCUUAAGAGCAAAUUUUUUAACAAUAUCUUAGGCAGUGGGGUCGGUAGCAAAUUGAA